CUACUCCUCCUCACCGUCUGCACCCCUCCGCCCUCUUAAACCUCACAUCGCUCACAUCGCUGCCGCCAUGAGCCCAAUAUCCCGCAGAAUGACGGUCGCCCAGCAUAUCAGGUACAAGGCUGAGCGCAUUGCCGCCUUCAUCACCGCGCAGCGCAAGGCGCUCAAGGAGGAUAGGCCGCUGCUGGUGUCCAUGCAAGGGCCACAAGGAUGUGGCAAGAGCACGCUCGCGGCCGAGCUUGUUAACGUCUUGGGUGACCAGGGUAUCAAGUGCGCCGUCGCAUCGAUGGAUGACUUCUACCUCACCCACGCAGGCCUCAAAGCCGUUGCCGCCGCCCACCCCAACAAUGCAAUGCUGCAGGGCCGAGGUCCGCCGGGUACGCACGACCUCCCGCUCCUUGCCGACGUCCUCCGCUCCCUACGCGCACGUCCCCCAUCGCGGUGCAACCCGCUCUUCCUCCCUACAUUCGACAAGUCUCUGCACGGCGGCGAAGGAGACCGGGGCCCACUUGUUCCCCUGAAAGACAAGCUCGACGUGUUUGUGCUUGAAGGCUGGUCGCUAGGCUACGGCCCGCUUCCAGAAGCGGAGGCGCGUAAGCGCUGGUCGCGCGGCGCGACGGCGAGCACUCACGACUUCGAGGCUAUCCAGACGCUGAACAAGAACCUCGCUGAGGUUGAGGUGCGCAUAGGCGGCUUCUUUGAUGCGCAUGUGUGCGUCACCCCGCUCGACUUUGCGUUUGUGUACGAGUGGCGCACGGAGCAGGAACAUCGGAUGAAGGAGAAGAACGGGGGCCGGGGGAUGAGCGACGAGCAGGUGCGCAAGUUCGUCGACCGGUAUAUGCCGACGUACGAGGUGUUUGGGGACGUGAGACCGCAGCGCGAGACGCUCACGGUGACGUUCAACAAGGAGAGGGAGAUUGUUGACCCGAAGAGUGGGGAGGAGGGGCAUAGCCGGCUUUAGCCGGAUGUAGUUUGACACAACAGCAUGCAUGAUGAGUAUAACGAC